AUGGUUCAGCCUUCGAUUUUCGACUUGCCUCCUCAGCUGAGGCUGUAUCCGACUUGCGGUGUCAAGAAGGAGCAGCCGAAGCCCCUCUUCUGGUUCCCAGGUUUGAAUCCUCCGCUCCGCCGCCGCCUGUCACCCAUCCCAGGUUCCAAGCGCACUGGUUUUGAAUCGCUCCGGCGCUAUCCCAACGAUCGCAAGGUCAUCUUGGCCAGAGUUGCGUAUCUGCGGGAAGUUGACCGAGUCCGUAGCAACCUGUUGUUUGCAAGUGUUCCUUCUCCUCUCCUUCCUCCCCCUCCCCCCCAUGGUGCUCCUGUGAUGGCAGGUAUUUUGAAGGCGACUAAAGCUCCCCGCACAUCGGCUCUCGACCGCAGCGUUCACUUCGGUGAUGCAAAGGUGGUCGAAGUCGAGCGAUGGAUGCCGCAGAAGCCCCAAAGUAUCAUGAAGGUGUCUGGCGCACCCCGCACAUCGGCUCACGACCGCCGCGUUCACUUCGGUGAGGAAGAGGUGGUCGUAGUCGAGCGGUGGAUGCAACAGCGAGCCCGAAAGCCUAUGUAUCACCCUUGCCCGCCUCCUGCCUGUGCCCUGUUCCCGCCCAUUCAGAAGCGUGUUUACCAGUCCUGGUGUUUUGACCCUGCGGCCCCUACACCCGAUGAACUUGAUCUCCAGCACCGUUCACAAAAGUACCACAGAGUGGUCACCUGUCAGUCUGAAUCGAUUUCGAUUAGAAAGGCCAUAGGUUGUGGCGUUGCGUGCGUUGGAUUCAUGCUUCUGUUGACUUGGUUGAAACCGUGA